AUGCUGCGCAUUACAUGGCGGUAGAGAAUGACAAAUAAGAGAGUAGUUCAAUUGGCUGAGAUCAAUGACAUAAGCUGUGAAGUGGGACGAAAAAGGUGGAACUGGCUAGGUCACAUACUAAGGAGAGAGGGUGAGAACGACUGCUUUCCGCGUUAGGAUGGACUCCUGAAGGUCGGAGGGCAAGAGGAAGACCAAAAACUACUUGGAGAAGGACAGUCGAGAAUUUCCAAUGACCAAUGAAUGUAUGUAAAAAAGGACUAGAAUUCCAGUGUCCGGAAGGAGAAGAUGAGAAUUCUAGUGUUUUUAAAAAUAGGGCAGAAUUCCAAUGUUUUCUGUGGAAAACAGAUAACAAUUCCAAUGUUUUUAAGAAUAGGGCCAAAAUUACAAUGUUUGGAAGAAAAAGAUCAUAACUCUAAUGCUUAAAGAAACAGGCCAGAAUCCCAAUGUUUUGAGAAUAAGAUCAGAAAACCAAAGUCUAUAAAUCAAGGGCUAAAAUUGAGGUGCUUGGAAGGAUAAAAUGAGAAUUGCAAUGUUUAUAAAGAUAGGACCAGAAUUCCAAUGUUUGGAAGAAUACGGGCCAGAAUUUGAAUGUUUGUAGUGAAGGACAAGAUAAGAAUUCGAGUGUUUAUAACAAUAGGGCCAGGAUUUCAAUGUUUCGAAGGAUGAGGUCAAAAUUCCAGUAAGAGUGAAAAUUCCAGCGUUUGGAUAGAUAAGAACAUAACUCCAAUGCUUAUACAAAAAGGGCCAGAAUUACAUGUUUGAAAGGAUAAGAUAAGACUUCCAAUGCUUAAAGAAAUAGGGCGAGAAUCGAAGGGUUUUGACGGAUAAGAUAAAAAAAAUCAACGUGUAUAAAAGUAGGGCCAAAAUUCCAACGUUUAAAUCGAUAAGAUAGGAAUGCCAGUGUGUAUAAAAAUACGGCCAGAAUUGCAGUGUUUAGAACGAUAAGAUGAGAAUAAGAAUGUUUAUAAAAAUAGGGCCAGAAUUCUAACGCUUAAAAGGAUAGGGCCACAAUUUCAAUGUUUGCAGUGGAAGGACAAGAUAACAAUCCCAAUGUUUGGAUGAGUAAGAUCAUAAUUCCAAUGCUUAUAGAAAAAGGGCCAGAAUACCAGUCUAUAAACGUAUAAGAUAAGAAUUCCAAUACCUACCGAAAUAGCACUAGAAUUCCAAGGUUUUAAAAAAUAAGAUCAGAAAACUAAUGUGUAUAAAAAGAGGGCCAUAAUACCAGUGUUUAGAAGGAUCGCAUAAGAAAAAAAAAUGUAUAAGAAAAGGCCAGAAUUCCAGGGUUUGGAAGGAUAAAAUAAGUAUUUGAAUGUUUAUAAAAGUAAGGCAGAAUUCUUAUGUUUGCAGUGGAAGGAUAACAUAGGUAUUCCAGUGUCUUUAAGAAUAGGGCCAGAAUUCCAAAGGUUGGAAGAAUAAGAUCUUUGAAAGGAUAAGUUGAGAAUUCUAAUGUUUAUAAAAAUACGGCAAAGUUGCAAUGUUUGCAGUGGAAGGAUAAGAUAAGAAUUCCAAUAUUUUCAAAAAUAGGGCCAGAAUCCCAGUGUUUAGACAAUUAGGCCCAGAAUCCCAAUGCUUUGAAGGAUUAGAUCAGAAAACCAACGUGUAUAAAUAAUGGGCUAUAAUUCCAAUGUGUGGAAGGAUAAGGCUAGAAUUUCAAUGUUUGCAGUGGCAGGAUUAGAUAAGAAUUCUAAUGUUUGUAAGAAGACCGCGAGAAUUCUAAUGUUUGAAAGGAUUGGAUCAAAACUCCAAUGUCCAAAAAAACAGAAGGCGAGAAUUCCAAGGUGUGGAUGGAUUAGAUGAGAAUUCGAAUGUCUAUAAAAAUAGGGCCAGAGUUAGAAUGAUUUCAGUGGAAGGACUGGAUACGAAUUCCAGUUUUUAUAGAAAUAGGAGCAGAAGUCCAAUGUUUCGAAGGAAGACUGAAACAUUCCAUUCUGUAUAAAAAUAGGGCCAGAAUUCCAGUGUUUGGAAGAAUAAGAUCAUAAUUCAAAUGUUUGCAUUGAAAGGAUGAAAUAAGACUUCCAAUUAAGAAGAGGGCCAGAAUCCCAAAAUUAGGAAGGAUGCAGGAGGUCAAAGUUCCAAUAUGUAUAAAGAUAAAGCUGGAAUUCAAAUGUAAGGACGGAUAGGGCAAGAAUUCCAAUGUUUGCAGUGGAAAAACAAGAUAUGAAUUGCAGCGUUUGUAAGAAUAGGGCCCGAAUUCCAAUGUUUCGAAGGAUGAGGUAAAAAUUCCAAUGUGUAUAAUAAUAAAAUCAGAAAUUCAGUGUUGGAAUGAAUAAGAUCACAAUUCCAAUGCUUAUAGAAAAAGGGCCAGAAUUCCAUCAUCUGAAAGGAUGAGAUGAGAAUUUCAAUGUUUGGAAGAAUAAGAUAAGAAUUCCAAUGCUUAUAGAAAUAGGGCCAGAAUACCAGUCCUUGAAAUGAUAAGAUAAGAAUUCCAAUAUGUACCGAAAAAGGGGCAGAAUUCCAAGGUUUUGAAGGAUAAGAUCAGAAAACCAAUGUGUAUAAAAAUAGGGUCAAAAUUCGAACGUUUAGAUGGAUAACAUAAAAAUGCCAAAGGUAUAAAAAUAGGGCGAGAAUGACAGUGUUUUAAACGAUACGAUGAAAAUUCCAAUGUGUAUAAAAAUAGAGUCCAAAUUCCAAAGUUUAGAAGGAUAAGAUAAGAAUUUGAAUGUGUAUAAAGAUAUGGCCUGAACAGCAAUGUUUAGAAGGGUGACGUAGAAAUUCCAACGUCUAUAAAAAUAGGGCCAGUGGAAGGAUAAGAUAAAAAUUGCAAUGUUUAUAAAAAUAUGCCAGAAUCCCAAUGCUUCGAAGGAUAAUAUCGAACUUCCAAUGUGUAGAAUAUAGGGCCAGAGUUCAAAUGUUUAGAAGGACAAUAUAAGAAUUCCAGUGUUUUGAAGGAUUAGAUCAGAAAACCAAUGUGUAUAAAUAAUAAGCCAAAAUUCCAGUGUUUGGAAGGAUGAGGCCAGAUAUUCGUUGCUUCCAGUGGAAGGAUAAGAUAAGAAUUCCAAUGUUUGUAAGAAUAGGGCCAGAAUUCCAGUGAUUAACGAAAUAGGACCAGACUUCAAAUGUUUGGAAGGAUAAGGGGGAAUUCCAAUGUGUAAAAAAUAGGGCCAUAAUUCCAAAGUGUGUAUAGAUAAGAUGAGAAUUCCAAUGUUUAUGAAAAAGGGCCAGAAUUCCAACGUGUACACAGAUAGUGCCAGAAUUCCAAUGUUUAAAUGCAGAAGCUCUGAAUUCCCAUGUUUGAAAGGAUAAGAUUAUAUCUCAAAAGCUUAUCAAAAACACAGGGGGGAAUUUUAUUAUUUGGACGCAGAAGAUCAGAAUUCCAAUGUCGCAAGAAUAAGAUCAGAAUUCCAAUUCUUUUAGUUAUAGGGCUAAGAUACCAGUUUGUGAAAGGAUAACACAAGAAUUGCGACGCGUAUAAAGAUAGGGCCAGAAUUCCAAUGAUUGCAGUGCAAGAACAACACAAAAAUAAUAGCACCUAUUCCGUUUUCAGGUAUUUUUGACUGCAUAAAGCACUUCUGAAGUGUCCGUUGACAAGUUCAAUUGCGUAUAAGAAUAGGUCCAGACUUCCAGCAGGCAAGAGAAGAGGGAUAAGGUGGAAUUUCACAACAGUGAUGGAGGACCUUGAUUUCACAGAUACUGUCAUCUAAGUUCAAUGACUUGCAUAAAAAGACUGGGAAAUUGGCGGAGGAAGCAGUCAGAGUAGGUACAAAAACGUUUAAGACACUAAGGACUGUGUGUGCUAGUAACAGGGAGAAGAUUGUGGUGGAUGGCGAAGAAGUGGACGACGUUGAGGAGUUUCCAUCCCUGGGAGCUAUUGUGUUACAUGGCAGCAGAGAAUGACAAACAAGAGAGUGCUUGAGUUGGCUGAGGUCAAUGACAUAAGCUGUGAAGUGCGACGAAAAAGGUGGAACUGGCUAGGUCACAUACUAAGGAGAGAGGGUGAGAACGACUGUUCUACAGUGUUAAGAUGGACUCCUGAAGGACGGAGGGCAAGAGGAAGACCAAAAACUACUUGGAGAACGACAGUCGAGAAAGAGCGAAACAAAGCUGGGUGGAAGAGCUGGGAAGUACCAAAG